UUUAUACGCACCUUCUAUCAACAGUACUUAAUCACAUCCUUGUUUGCAAAUGGCCAUGGGAUCAUGGCCAGAUCCAUUGCCAGAAUUUUUGAUGACCUUGUUUUUAUGAAAAAAAUGCACGACUCUAAGUUUGACUUAAUAAUAACGGACCCUGUUCUGCCUAUAGGUGUUGUUUUGGGUAGUUACCUUAAGCUGCCAAUGGUUUUCAAUGUGCGUUGGGUUAAUACUGGAGAGGGCCAUUUGACCAUAGCUCCCUCUCCAGUCUCCUAUGUUCCUGUGUCAGGAAGUGAACUUCACGAUCAGAUGGAUUUUGUGAAAAGAACCAAGAAUAUGUUACAUUCUAUCUAUAGUUUCGUUGAACAGCACGUUUUCAUUAACUCCGCCUACUCAAGUCUGUUCCAGCGCUAUUUCCCUCCUGGAACUGACUUGCUGUCUUUGGAGCUUGCCGCUGAUAUCUGGCUGGUGAGGACCAAUUUUGUCUUUGAGUUCCCUCGGCCCACCAUGCCCAACGUGGUCUACAUAGGGGGGUUCCAGUGCACAAAGGCUGGUCCUCUUCCUGUUGAGCUGGAGGCCUUCAUGCAGAGCUCUGGAGAGCAUGGGGUUGUGGUCAUGUCUUUGGGGUCGCUGGUGUCAGCGCUGCCUCGUGAGACUACAGAGGCUAUUGCUGCUGCUUUUGCUCAGCUAACUCAAAAGGUGGUGUGGAGGUUUGUGGGUGAAAAGCCUUCCUCCUUGGGGAACAACACCCUUCUGGUUAAAUGGCUUCCUCAGAAUGACCUCUUGGGACACCCCAAGACUCGUGCCUUUGUAGCCCAUGGAGGCACCAACGGCAUAUAUGAGGCCAUUUACCAUGGCGUUCCCGUUCUUGGCCUGCCACUCCUCUUUGACCAGUUUGACAACCUACUUCGGCUAAAGGUACGUGGGGCAGCUCGGGUAAUGGAGGCCGGAUCACUCACUAAAGAAGACUUCCUGGAGGCUCUAAAGGACAUCCUGGACUCCCUGUACCGUAACAACAUACAGCGUCUCUCACAGUUACACCACGAUCAGCCAAUGUCUCCUAUGGACACCGCCAUCUUUUGGAUUGAAUACGUCAUCCGGAACAAGGAGCAGCCAUUUGCAUCUUAG